AUGGCAAACAACAAAACACAAUGUUUUAAAUGCAAUAAAAAGAAAAUAACAUUUACUUGUAAAGGAUGUUCAAAAGAGUUUUGUUUAAUGGAUUUAACAGAACAUCGUCACAUAUUAAAUCAAGAAUUAUAUCAUAUUACUAAUGAUUAUGAUCAAUUUAAACAUAGAAUUAAUGAACAAAAACCGAACCCAUAUGAUCUUUUUUUAAUAGAUCAAAUUAAUCAAUGGGAAACAAAUUCCACCGAAAAAAUUAAACAAAAAGCAAAAGAUUGUAGAGAAAUUGUCAUUAAAUCAUCACAAACAUUUUUGAAUGAUAUUAAAAUGAAAUUUAAUGAUUUAAAUGAACAAAUAAAACAAAUGCAAAAAGAAAAUGAAUUUAAUGAAAUUAAUUUAAAUUACUUAAAAAAUCAAUUAAUGAGAAUGAAUCAAGAACUGAAUAAUCCGUCAAAUAUGUCUAUCGAACAAGAUUCUCACUCAUUUAUUAAUGAAAUUUCAAUUAUCUCAUUAGAAAAAAAACCAAAAUUCAACAAAUGGAAGCAAAAUGCCAUCACUGUGGCUGCUGGAAAUGAAAAAGGACAAGAAUUAAAUCAACUCAAUUAUCCGAAUGGAAUUUUUAUUGAUAAAAACAAAAAUAUUUUCAUUGCUGAUCAUACUAAUCAUCGUAUUGUUGAAUGGAAACGUAAUCCAAAAGAAGGACAAAUCAUUGCAGGUGAAAAUAAAGAAGGAAACCGAAUGGAUCAGUUAUAUUUUCCAUCAGAUGUGAUUGUUGAUGAGCAAGACCAUUCGAUCAUCAUUGCUGAUUCUGAUAACAGACGGAUAAUUCAAUGGUUGAAUCAAAAGCAACAUAUUCUUAUUGACAAUAUUGACUGUCAUGGCUUGGCAAUGGAUAAACAUGGAUUUCUUUAUGUUUCGGAUAGUGUGAAGAAUGAAGUGAGACGAUGGAAAAUGGGUGAAUAUGACAAUGAAGGAAUUAUAGUAGCAGGUGGAAAUAGAAAUGGAAACCAACUCAAUCAACUUAAUUAUCCAGGUUUUAUCUUUGUUGAUGAUAAUCAAUCUGUUUAUAUAUCAGAUCAGAACAAUCACCGUGUGAUGAAAUGGAGAAAAGAUGCAAAAGAAGGAACAGUUGUCGCUGGAGGAAAUGAUGCAGGCGAAAAUCUUAAUCAGUUGUUUCAACCUGAAGGAGUAACUGUUGAUGAUUUGGGUCAGAUCUAUGUGGCAGAUUGUCAAAAUCAUCGAAUAAUGCGUUGGUGUGAAGGAAAAGAAGAAGGUGAAGUUGUAGUUGGUGGAAAUGGUUUAGGAAAUCAAUCAAAUCAAUUGCAUUUUCCCACUGGUUUAUCUUUUGAUGAUGAAGGAAAUCUUUAUGUUACUGACUAUUUUAAUCAACGAAUUUUAAAUUUUGCACCAACAGUCGAAGAAUAUGAAAUACCUGCUCAUUCUUCAUUUUCAUCUAAUUAUUCAUCUGAUUAUAUUGAUGCAUUAGUUGAUAGUUAUAAAUUACAAACAUCAAUUAAUUUAUUUCCAUUAUAUGAAGAAAAAGAAUAUGUGUGGAUGUGA